ACGGAGCACAGCACGUGCAAGGAUACGUUUUGAAUUGAGCUGUUUGAUGGUUUUUUAUUUCCCCUUGUUUCUUGUUGGUUAAUAACUCACAUUGCUAUAUGCUUACGUUUUGUGCGUGCGUGUGUGUGUGUGUGUGUGAGGGUUUGUGCGCGCUUAGUGUCGAAGUACAUGUGCGUUUCGAUGUUCGUUGUCAGCGUCAGCAUGUUUUCCGUUUUCUUUCAUUCUAUGCUGUCCUUUGCUCAUUAACCGCAGCAAUGAAAGGGCAAACAAAUUAAGUGAAAUACAAGUGUACACACGGGGAUCUAAUAAUGCAUGUGUGUGUGUGUGUUUGAAGUAAAUAAAUUCAAUUUCCACUAAACAAAGAAAGAAAAGGCAAGAAAUAUAUACAAUCGAAAUAAUUAUUUUUUUUUUUUAAGGAAACCUUAGAAUAACCAUAUGCAUAGAUUCGUAUGAAUGUUUAAGCCACAAUGUCCUAAGGAAUAUACAGGUCAUGUGAAUUGAGUGAACGCCAGAUAUUUGGGCUGAAAGCCACAAUCAAGUGUUUACAGUGCAGAGUUCAGAUGAUGGCUAUUUAAGGAUUCAAUUGAAAAUUGUUAUGACACUCUAUUGGAUUUACCCUUAAGGAAUGGAUUAUAUACAUGGCACAGUUUUAUGGAUAAAAAAGCAAUAGUUUAUAAAAAACCCAUCACUAGCAGAACUACUCACCUGGCCGUCAAGCCGCAAGACUUCCCGGUAUCUGCAAGAAAGAUAAUAAAACUUUUAGAUAAAAGCAAUGAAUAAAUUUCAAAUAGAACUUUCAAAGCAAUGCCAAUAAAAACAAAUGUGAUGCCAUCGGCAAGGACAUUUACUAAAGCAAAAGUACAUAUCAUGGAUAAUAAAACCAAAUGAAAAAAAAAAAUGGAACAACACAGAAAGUGACAUAGAUAAAAUACACCCUCCCCCGCCAAAAUAAAAAAAAACCAAAGUUAUAUGGAAAAAGAAACAAACCAAACAAAAUGUAGAUGAGAUUUGAGACUUGCUAAAUAAGACGAAGAAACAAGCAAAAUGAACUCAGAACUUUGAAUACCUCUAGGGUAUUAAUACGGCACAAUAAAACAUUACUCAUGUGUUGGUUAAGCAUUCGAGUGUGUGUGUGUGUGUGUGAAUGAAUGAAUGAAUAUUUACUAUAAGGAUACCAAAUGUAAUGCCUUACUUACAUGCAGUAACAAUUCCCUAUCGUCAUUGAUGGGGUGAUCCCACCAACAACAAAUGGGCUUUAGUCAGCAUUAUUUGGCAAAAUAGAUACUGAUUCUCUGAAUCAUUGUGAGUGUAUUUGCGUGUGUGGCCCAAAUGAAAAUCAAAUUUGCUUUCCUGCCUGCCAAUAACCUAGUAAGGUGGAGACAUGUUCCAGAGGAAGAGGAGGCAUAAAAUAUAAAAACCAACAAUUUGAAAUUCACAUAUCAAUUUUCAACAUAUCAAUUUGCAAUGUUACGCACAAUGGCAUAAAGAAUAUGCUCUCUUAACACAAACACACACAUAAAUAUUUUGUAGGUUCGUUGUCCUUUUGGUUUGUGUAUUCUACCUGCCAUUUACCAAACAACCUACACAAAAGCCCAUAUCCUGCCAAACCCCUUUAACAACCAUACCAAACAAUCGAAGAUAAUAAAAGAAAAGGUAAAAGCCCGCUUAAUGAAACAACAAUCAGGCAUAAAGUUACAAAAAUACUCAUGCCGACAUAUAAGUAUUAAAUGUUUAAAUAAUAAUCACAUACACACACAGCGACAAAGUUGUGCAUGCGGCGUAUAGGUGUGCUGUAAACAUCCACACCCCAGCGGCUGUUAUAACCCCUUUAGCUGUGAGUCGCUCUACAUCAGAGUAACGACAACGGCGUCUCUCUCGUUCUGACGAGUGUCACUGUUCGUUUCGGUUAUUCGUCGUCGUCGACGUCGUCGUAUUUCCUAUAUUAUAACAUUUACGUGAGUGUGCAAGUGUGCGUCCGUGUGUAAUCGCAUAAUCAUAAAACGUCGAAUAACAAUCAAACGGAUUUCGUAGGCAGCGUGUAAAGAGAAACCAAAAAAAAAAAAAAAAGCACCAAAGUGAAAGAGAGCAUUGAAGCGGCAAAUACUGUCGCAUAAGGCCCAUUAAAGGCGAGAGGCAACAUUUAAAGCCACUGCCAACGCGAACGACUCCCAUUUAAAAGCAUAAAAAAGAGAGACAUAGAGAGGAAAAAACAAAAAAACGAAAACAAACCCAAACAAGGAGCAAAGAACACUUGCCAAAGGAUUAUGCCGUGAAAAUGAAUCUCGCCUUUGAUACACGCAUUUUCAUACUUGUGUGUUGUUUGCUGCAAGGAUUGGCUGGUUUAAGACUCAUCAAAGUUUCCAUACCUGCCUAUAAAUUGAGAGGUGAAUCGGCAUUUAUGGAAUGCCAGUAUGAAUUAAACAAAUCGAAGGGAAUUUUCGGUGGUGCACAUACACACAGAAGUCGCAAUCAUCACGGCGGCUACGGUGGUGCUUAUCAUCAUCAACAGCAUCAGCAGCAGCAGCAGCAACACAGGCAGCACAUUGCAACGACAGGACUCAAUAUGAAUUAUGAAGAUAGCGAGGAUAUGCCAGAAUACAGACGCAGCAUGCAACACACACAACAACGACAAUAUCCACAGCAAACACAUAGGCAACCCUAUUUCCAGCCACAGAUACAGACACAGGCACACAAGGUCGCCUCAUGGCAUGACACCGGAAGUAGUGCAGUUGCCAGUGCCAGCAUGAGCAGCAGCAGCAGCAGUAGUAGUAGUAGUAGAAGUAAUCCUGGCAUUGCCACUUCAUACUAUCAACAAAGCAAGCAACAGUAUCCUUAUGUGCAACAAAAACAAAAACGCCAAUACAAUCCCGAAUAUCCUACAUUGCCGCCCUCACCCUACGGUCAUAGUGUUUACAGAGGGAGAACUCAAACCUCCUCCACCUCGUUGUCAUCCUCGCUGGCCGCCUCCUCUUCGGCGACGGGCCACAGUAACACGAAUCAUGGUGGUCGAGUAGGAGCCAGUACUUACACGGGCAAAACUACAUCCUACUCUAAUACAGGUGGCUAUGGCAGCAUCAUCUCCUCCAACAGCAAUUACGGACGCCAAUCGCAGCAUGAGCGUGAGGAUAGCUUUGGCGAUAGUAAUGAACGCCACUCCGAACACCUAAACCAUAUGAAUGGGGGUCGUGGCCGACUGCACGACGACGAUGAUGACGAUGAGAACUCCCAUGAAGAGGAUGACAGUGAUAACGAGGCCGAGGACGACGAUGACCAAGAGGAGGAAGGCGAGGAUUUGUAUGCCAUUAAAUGGUACAAGGAUAAUGAAGAAUUCUAUCGUUAUGUGCCAAAAGCGAAUCCACCAAAAACGAGUUAUAGAGUUGAUGGUGUACGAGUUAUUGAAGAACAUUCAGAUAGUUCACGAGUGCUUCUCAGAGGGCUGACCAUUAACUCAACGGGCCUAUAUCGAUGCGAAAUAUCAGCUGAGGCACCAAAUUUUUCAUCAGUGCAAGGCGAAGGAAGAAUGGAUGUUGUAUAUUUACCACGCGAUGGACCACACAUCAAAGGCCAGCAAUUCCAGUAUCAAAUUGGCGAAAUUUUAAAUCUAAAUUGCACAUCGGGAAAAUCGCAUCCAGCAUCGCAUUUACAAUGGUUUAUCAAUGAUCAGGCGGUCGUUGAUGGACAGUAUUUGGUACGAUAUAAUGACACUGUACACCGUCAUGGUCUCAUAACGUCAACACUGGGAUUGGAGAUGACAGUUGACGCUCGUCACUUCCACAACGGAGCAAUGCGCGUCAAAUGUCUUGCCAGCAUAUCACCUGUCCUGUGGAAGGGCGGCAAAGAGAGUGUCCUACAGCGUCGACCUGGUAUAAUAGAUAAUCGAGAGGCCAUGUUGUUGGUUCGCAGUUCGACGAUGGGAUUGCAUCAUCGCAGUGGCCACAAUACAGCAUUGAUGGUGCUGCGUCUUCUCACCACAACGGCCGUACUAAUGAAACUAUGUCAAUUACUACACUUACACACAGGACUCACUUAAAUGUUGUCCUGUAGCACUACAAAUCCAAAGUGUUGUUAGCAACAACUUCAAGUUGUUGGUUGCAAUGCUUCAACAUAAUGCUUGAAUAUUUUGUACAUACAUACCAACCAAUAGAUAGAUAGAUGGAAGAAUGGAUAGAUGGAUGGAAGGAUCCUAGCAAUUGCACUAUGGACUAUGAAUGUGUACAAGAGGCUACAGCCACAUUCAGGGAGAGCGAGAGAUAAACAAUACAGUUAAGCAUGUGUGCGUAUGUAAUGGUCAUGUAACGCACUUGUGCAACAGCAAUCGUUACAGCAGUAGGAUACUUCAAUAUUCCUCACCCACACAAACACUCGUAUGCAUCCACAAUUUCACAUCAUAGCAUUGGCCUGCAAUACAACUGUUUAGUCGCACACGCACACUGAUAAGAGAACAGUGGCAGUUAAAAGUGGAUUAUUGUGAUUGACUAUCCUCGUGGAGACAUGGAUGUUAUGCAAUUGGUAGCGAGAUGAUUGUAGAUUAAUUGUUUUAAGCUUAAAAUACGCCAUAUGUAAAGCAUAUUGAAUUAAACUAAGUAAGACAUCCCUUGGAGUUAUUUAGGAAUACAUUUUUGACCUUGGCUGUCAGUAUUGUGGAGUACUGCAAUUAUUUAUCUAUAAGAUAUGAAUGGGACAUUUCAUUAUAAAUCGGAAGGUACUUUAUUCAACAAAUUCUCUAUUUUCACUAUAUCAAUGAUGUAUUGGAAGCGCUUUUAAAAAUAUUCUUUAAAUGUUUUAAACAUAUGCUUGACCCUUUGAGGACCAACAAUUAACCGCUGGAUAAAGUUUUGAUUGUUUUGCAUAUCCGUUCUUAGAAUAAUCUUAUGUACUAAGUAAAGUGUCUCCAAAAUGGUAAAAAUUUUGCUCCUUUCAUGAUAUAAAACAUGGGACAUAUAUGUCCCAUUCGUCCUCAAAGGUAAAUAUUUGUGUAGAAAAAUGUUUUCGAAUAUUGCUUAGAAUCCAAAACAAAUACGAUCCUGAAGUCUCUUUAGACUGCCGGAGUUGAAAACCUACAAGGAAGGGCAAAAGUCGGGCGGUACCGACUAUAUAAUACCCUACACCUAAUCUAUAAAUACAAUGUGGUAGCUAAAUCCAAUUCUGAACCAAUCUUGAUGGACCUCGACGGAUAAUUUCAGAUGGGUUAUUAGACAAUCUGUAUCAAAUUUCAAGCAAAUAUGUUUAGACCGUAAUAACUUCGGUUGACAAAUGACAACACCGGCAAGGGAUAACUAUGAGCAUCACACAGGCUGGAACUUUGAGGUUCAAUCAGUAUGGUGUUCUUUGUUAUCACGAGAAACUUAAAUGGGAGCUACCGGGCGCAUCCACAGGUUGCGGAUAAUGGAAUGCUCCAUACGGAGUAGCUGCAUCGGGUAUCGAGUGGAAAGACUCAGUGAGAGGCUGUGGCGAAUAGUAGAGACGUUUUAAACCCAAAUCUACGGUUAGCAUUUUUGUUCUAAAUGUUUUAAUAGUUGUUUUAUUAGCAGCAUAUAAUGCGAGACUGUCUAGAGGUUGCUUGCGCUUGGGCUUUGAAACAGGAUAAACAGUCAAAUCGGCUCCCGUGUCCACUAAAAACCUGACUUUCGAUUUUAAAUCUCGAACAAAUAGGUGAAAAAUCUCUAGGCUGCAACCGUCUGUCACCAACGACGGUGCGCCACUUAGUUUUUCGAGGCGUUGUAAUUGCACGGAGACACACACUUCUUCGCUUUCUCCCCAAAUUUAAAAUGGUACCAGCAAAGCGGAAGGAAUGCAGCCCAUCGUAGCGCAGAGGUUAGCAUGUCCGCCUAUGAUGCUGAACACCUGGGUUCGAAUCCUGGCGAGACUAUCAGAAAAAAAUUUCAAAUGUAGUUUUCCCCUCCUAAUGCUGGCAACAUUUGUGAGAUACUAUGCCAUGUAAAACUUCUCUCCAAUGAGGUGUCGCACUGCGGCACGCCGUUCGGACUCGGCUAUAAAAAGGAAGCCCCUUAUCAUUGAGCUUAAACUUGAAUCGGACUGCACUCAUUGAUAUGUGAGAAGUUUGCUCCUGUUCCUUAGUGGAACGUGGGCAAAAUUCAGGGAUAUUGUUUGACUUGACACCGAAUGUCUUCUUUGUAUACACGCACAUAAAAUAUAAAAUGAGUGGUCAACGUUUUUCCACACCUGAAUCAAAUCAAAUCCACAAUUGGUUCAAACGAAUUCAAAAAUGUAUCGAUCUUAAUGGGGAAUAUUUUAAAAAUCAGUAAAGCCAACUUCGAUGGUUAGUAUUUGUUGUUGUGUUCUCUAAUCCUGAAAUAUAAAAGGCAACCGUCGUAUAGCCUAUUAUCCGCAACCCAAUAUCUAUUAUGACACCAAAAUCUAUCGCUAUUUCAUAAAAUAUGUGCAAAUAUUUUUGAUCAACAAACAAUCUUCCGCGAAUUUUCUAGAUGAAGGUUAAGUUCGCGAGCGAGCUCGUCUAAGAGUCGUAGACGAAUCUUCUGGAAGAGUGUUCCGCUACUCUUCCACAUGAGUUACUAAAGAGUCAGUCACAUGAGUCAGAAGAGUCUCAGAAGAACUUAGAAUCGUGUGGAUGAGUAACAAAUUAGUGAUUUGGGAGAUUUAUAAAAUAUUCUUCUGGAAGAGUUGCGCAUUACUCUUUAGGACAAGUAACAAAAAAGUGUUUUGGAAUUUGUAUUAAAUAUGUUUCUAAAAGAGUAACGCGUUAUUCAGUUGGAAGAUCUAAAAAUGCAUAUCAAGAUUAGUUCAUUAGUCCAACUAAAACGUAACAACUAUGAAAGAACUAAAAUUUGUAUACCCUCUACCAUAGGAUGGGGAUAUACUUAUUUCGUCAUUCUGUUUCGAAAUAAUCGUCUAGGACCCCAUAGAGUAUAUAUAUUCUUGCUCAUUAUGACAUUUUAAGUCGAUAUAACCACGUCCGUCCGUCUGUCUGUCGAAAGAAUGCAAACUUUCGAAGGCGUGAAGCUAGCCGCUUGAAAUUUUGCACAAAUACUUCUUAUUAGUGUAGGUCGGUUGGGAUUGUAAAUGGGCCAUAUCGGUCCAUAUUUUGAUAUAGGUGUCAUAUAAACCGAUCUUGAAUCUUGACUUCUUGAGACUCUAGAGAGCGCAAUUAUUAUCCGAUUUCGCUAAAAUUUUGCACGAGGUGUUUUGUUGUGAUUUAUGGUUGAGAUCGGUCCAUAACCUGACAUAGCUGUCAUAUAAACGGGAUCUAGGGUCUUGACUUCAUGAGCCUCUAGAGGGCCCAAUUCCUAUGCGACUCGGCUGAAAAUUUGUAUGACGCGUUUCGCUUUGACUUCCAACAAAUGUGCUAAGUAUGGUUCAAAUCGGCCUAAAAGCUGAUAUAGCUGUCAUAUAAACCGAUCUUGGGUUGUGGCUUCUUGAGCCUCUUGAGGGCACAAUUCUUAUCCGAUUAAGCUGAAAUUUUGCAUUUCAUGUUUUGUUACGACUAACAACAACUGUGCCAAAUAUGGUAUGAAUCAGUUUUGUAACCUGAUAUAGCUGCCAUAUAAACCGAGCCUCGAAAGGGCGUAAUUAUUAUCCGAUUUGGCUGAAAUUUUGUACUACAGCUUUUCCCUUGACAUUUAACAUACGUGUCAAAUAUGGUCUGAAUCGGUUCAUAGCCUGAUAGAGCUUCGAUAUAAGCCGAUUUCCCUUUAUUAUUUGUUGAGCCCUUAAAAGACGCAGUUCAUUUUCGAUUUGGCUGAAAUUUUACACAAUGACUUUUAUUAUGGUCUCCAACAUUCAACUCAAUUAUGGUCUGCAUCGGACCAUCACUUGAUAUAACUCCUCCAUAGCAAUUCUUUUCUUUUAUCCUUUGUUUGCCUAAAAAGAGAUGAUAGAAAGAGAUCUCGACAAAUCCAUGGUGGAGGGUAUAUAAGAUUCGACCCGGCCGAACUUAGCUUAAUUUUUUUUGUAUUAUUCGUCAUAUUCCUUUUACUAAGUACUAAUAGUCAUAUAAACCAAGUGAGAACUCUGUUAGGUAUUGUGGAAGAUGUCCGCUUAAAACAUCGAAUAAGAUAAUUCAAUACAAGUCCUAGACACAGCAGCAGGCAUGAAAAUAAAAACAAUCGCGAAAAGUUAACUCAGGCAAUUUAUAUACAAAUUUUCUGGAUUUGGGUUGCGCAAUAAUCAUCGCAAAGAGUUGCUUAAACUUCCACACAUGCAAUAGAUUGUCCAUUGAUAACCUAGAAGAGUGUUUCACGAGUCCUACGGAUGAUUAUAACCCAAUGGGUCGUAAGAGAAUUGUCUCGAAUAGUUGCUAAAUUUUCAGGACACGCAAUGAAUUGUCCCAUGAUAACUCAGGAGAUUGUUUCGAGAUUUAUACGGACUAUCAUAACGCAAUGGGUUGUAAGAGAAUUGUGGCGAAAAGUUGCUAAAACAUCCAUACACGCUAUAGAUUGCCCAAUGACAUCGUAGAAGAAUAUUUUCCGACUCAUAAGGAAGAACAAUUGCGUAAAAUUCUUCCAGAAGACUGUUUUUUCUUCGCAGGGACGAAUGCUCUUCCAAAUAUUAAAGAGAUCCCUCGAUGGGCGGCCUCCCUGUCUGAAACCUCGUUUGGUAUUAAAUGGUUCGGAGAGAUUCUUUUCUAUUCUUACUGAGGAACACGUAUCAGCAAGUGUCAUUCUGCAGAGUCUUAUUAAUUUUGCAGGGAUACCAAACUCAGAUAUGACUUGAAAUACCUUUGAACGUAAAAGGCUAUCGAAACGGGCUUUGAAGUCAAAGAGAUGGUAGGUGUUGAUUAGUCCUUCUCGGUUUUUUCCAGGAUUUGGUGCAGUGUGAAUAUCUGGUCUAGGGUGGAUUUAUCUCAUUGACUUUAGUUUCUAAUCUUUCACACAGUACGCUCAAGAGUAUCUUGAAUGCAAUGGAGUGGAGACUUAUUCCUCUAUAGUUGGCACAUUCCGUCUUGUCUCCUUUCUUGUGAACGGGACAUAGUAUGCUGAGGUUCCAAUCAUCGAGUAAGCGUUCUCCUAGCCAUAUCGCGCAGACAAGCUGAUGCAUACGCCUUAUCAGCAUGUCAUCUCCGGUCUAAAAUAGUUGAGCGGGUAACCCGUCGGCUCCUGCUGUCUUGUUGUUCUUCAAACCAUCAUCAAGAAUUGGUUCUGCGGUAUCCUGUUCGCCGCCAACGUCCGACACUGGCAGUUGGCUAAAAUGUUCUUUCCAUAUCCUCAGCAUGUCUCUGCCGGAGGAUGUGCCUGUACCAAAGCCAUCGGUUUGAGUUGAAUUCUUUGGCAAAAUUUCUGGACUUUAUUCUGACUCCUGUACAUCUCAAUUCGCUCAUACUCACACCUUCCCAUUUCCUUUUUUUUUUGCUGUGGAUUAGACAUUUCUGCUCUCUCCUUUUCUCCCGAUACCUCUCCUUCAUCUGGAGCGUUGGUAAUGGUUGGAAUUUCGGCUUCGGUACCAUCUCGACACUCUUGGUGGUACCAUGGGAUUAUCCAUGGAGUGGACCAAGGGGUGCUUCCAUCAAGCAGUUGGGUCAGUCGAGUGGAGUAUGCCAUUGCCAUCUGUUGUGUUUGCAGCUUUUCAAUGUCCAGCUUUCGUGCAGUGUCAGACCGUACUUUCUUCGGCAUGUUCCAACUAGUGCAUACCUUUGCUGCAACAAGGUAAUGAUCCGAAUCUAUAUUCGCUCGAUGAAUCGGUUGUACAUCUAACACGCUGUAUAUAAGAGGUAUAUAAGAUUCGGCCCGGCCGAACUUAGCCCGCUCUUACUUGUUCUUCAUAAUAUUUUACAAUUCCUCAACCAUGUUUUCAUAGUUGAAGAACUCGAAAGGAAGCUUUCCAUCACACUUCUAUCUAUAUACGAACGAACUGAGGGCGUACAUGGCAUAUUACAUUAAGCUUUUCCAAUUUGACCAAAAUAACAAAAUGUGUAAAAUUUCUUCGAUUUCUUAUGAAGUGUCCCAUAUGCAUAAAUUUAAAUCCAUAAGGCAAUUUCUUAAAAAAAAAAAAAACUUAUUUAUAUUUUCUCCUAUUAUUAUAAAUAAUAUCUUAGAAAAAUAAAUAAUAAUGAAAAUUAAAUAAAUAUUUAUAUAUAUAUAGACAUACAUAAAUUGGGCUUAAGAUAAUACACCGACUUAUAUUCAUAAUACAAUACAACAAUAAAUAUCCACAUGGCAAAGCAAAUACACAGAUUUAUACAGAUCUAUGUAGCAGACACACUACAUAUGGUAUGCUGUAUUGUAAAACAAUGAAAUGUGGUUUUAAUUAGUAAAAUUUUUAAUAAAAGUCUAUAGCAACAUCUACAUAUGCAUAUAUACAGAAGCAAACAAAUACAACAUACUGAGCUAUAUGAAAAAUAAGUUGAGAUAUGAAAAACUUAUUUACCAAUAGUAUUAAUUAUUGAAACUCUCACUAAGCUAAGGUGGUGAUCUAGGAUAAUUUGAAAAUCAAUAGUUAAUAACAUUCUUAACCACAAAGAAAUAUACAUUCACAAACACACACACAAUCACCCUCUUAGAUUUAAGUAUGAAAUAUUUUUGACUAUUUCUCCAUGAUGAUGGUGAAAGUGUAAGUUGUGUGCGAUAACAUUUACUUGAGCAUUAUAAGGAUAACCAAUCACUUAGCAUUUACAACACAUAAAAUAAACAAAACUUUCAUUUCAUGUCUCACUUUAAGUAUGGAAAAUUUUUAAAUCAAAAAUUCCAACUUUGUUUAAACCCUUUUUGUUUACAGAAAUUAAUUUUCAAUUUAAUAUUUAAUGGAUUUUAUGCCAGGCUGGUGUCCCCCAACAUUUUAUGAAGGUCUUACGAGCAUUUUUGGUUUAUGAAUGAAACUUUUAUACGCAAUUUUUUUGAAUUUUACCGAAGUGGCAAAAGGAUGGUAGUGACACAAAACCACCAUACACUUGAGAAACAAAGAAUUUGUUUAGAAGGCAACUACCUAUGCAGUGUUUGAAGGGGUGUUAGAAGCUACCUUCAUGUUGGAUAUUUCUUAUAUCGGUAAAAGCUACACCUUAUAGGAUAUCAAGGAAAUUGUGGAACUUGUAUAAGUUUAUCAACAUUAACGUGGACUGAGAGACUGUGUAUAGGUCGGAUAGACAUCGAAAUUGCAGACUGAAUGAUGGACGUUCAAACUAAAGAACAGAUGGUAAUUCAACAGAGAGGCUGAUGGCAAGAUGGUCGGAUGGAAAGUCGGACAAAUAAAUAGACGUGGAGACACAUGGGGGAAAAAUGUUUAGGUUUAAUAACUAUUAUCAAAAUUUUUGCGAUCAGAAAUGUAGCCACACCGAACACUAAAGGUAACCUAAACACAAGUAACCCACCACCAUGGACACAAAGUUUUUAAACCAUACAUGACACGAUUGUUUCAAGUCAUAAUAAAUUACUACGCACAAAAUUUCAGACCCAUCUGAUGAACAUUGAUGCUUCCAAGGUAUUGAGAUGUCAAAACAGGAGAUCGGUUAAUAUAGAAGCUAUAUCAGGUUAUGGAGGCCACCGUACCGCAGAGGUUAGCAUGUCCGCCUAUGACGCUGAAGGUCUGGGUACGAAUCAUGGCGAGACCAUCAGAAAAAAAUGUCAGCGGUGGUUUUCCCCUCCUAAUGCUGACUUCUCUCCAAAGAGGUGUUGCACUGCGGCAUGCAGUUCGGACUCGACUAUAAAAAAGGCUCCUUAUCAUUGAGCUUAAACUUGAAUUGCACUGCACUCAUUGAUAUGUGAAAAGUUUGUCCCUGUUCCUUAGUGGAAUGUUCAUGGGCAAAAUUUGUAUUUGUGUAUCAGAUUAUACACCGAUUCGGACCAUACUUGUUGGAACAUAACAGAACCCUACGUGCAAAAUGUCAAGUCAAUCGAAUAACAACUGCGGAUUUUAAGUGGCUCAAGAUGUCAAAUCGGGAUAUUGGUUUAUAUGGGAGCUAUAUCAGAUUAUAGACCGAUGCAGACCAUACUUAGAACGAUUGUUGAAAAUCGUAACUGAACACAAAAGUUAAGUCGAAGGACCACUUUUAUUCAAUUCCCAAUGAUCUACAUCAAUAAGAAGUGGCUGUGCAAAAUUUCGUGCAGCUAGCUCCACGCGUUCGACCGCUAUCGUCAGUUCCAAAAACGGCUGGACACGAGGACGUACGGACAGGCGGACACACAUGGCUAAAUCGACUUAUAAUGUCAAGGCGGUCAAUAGUAUAUAUAUACUUUAUGGGGUCGCAGAUCCAUACUUCGAGGUUUUACAAACGGAAUAACUAGAUUAGUAUACCCCCGAUUCAAAAUAUCUAAUAAAACACUAAAAAUUAAUCAGGUAGUCAAUAUUUUUUUUGGAAUCGUAAUUGUAAAUUGGUCUUUCCUUGUUUAAAAGUACCAAGUAAAAAGAAGUAAAGUUCGGCCGGCCCGAUCUUUGGAUACCCACCAUCUCGGGUAUAUAUGUAAAUCACCUAUCAUCAUAGCCCGGUGAAAAAUGCAUAAUUAAUGCCCCCGAGCAGCUAUAUCGAAAUAUGCUCCGAUUUGAAUCAAAUUCGGCGAGGACAUUGAAUGGUCUAACAAGUACAAGUCACUGUUCAAUUUUGUAAAACAAAAUAUUUUGGUAGCUAUAUCCAAUUAUAAACCGAUCUAAACCAUAUACGACACGAACUUCGAAAAGCCUAACAUAUGUCACUGUGUAAAAUUUCAUCGAAAUCGGAUUACAAAUACUUCUUUUAUGGGGUCAAGACUUUAUAUCGAGAGAUCGGUUUAUAAUGGCAGCUAUAUCCAAAGCUGGACCGAUCUCGGCCAAAUGCAACUCACUGUCCCAAAUUUCGGCGAAAUCGUACAUUAAAUGCGUCUUUUAUGGGCCCAAGACCUUAAAUCAAGAGAUCGGUCUAUAUGGCAGCUAUAUCUAAAUCUGCACUAAUCUAGGCCAAAUUGCAGAAAGAUAUCGCAGAGUCAAACACAACUCACUGUCCCAAAUUUUAGCGAAAUCGGACAAUAAAUGCGCCAUUUAUGAGCCCAAAACCUGAAAUCGAACAUGUGUCCAUAUGUCAGCUAUAUCCAAAUGUGAACUGAUCUAGGCCAAAUUGCAGAAAUAUACCGAAAAGUCUAACGCAACACACUGUCCCAAAUUUCGUUGAAAUUGGACAAUGAAUGCGCCUUUUAUGGGCCCAAAACCUCAAAUCGAGAGCAGCUAUAUCCAAAUCUUGACCGAUCUAAACCAAAUUGAAGAAUGAUAUCGAAAGGCCUAACACAACUCACUGUUCCAAAUGUUGGCAAAAUCGGACAAUAAAUGCGCCUUUUAUGGACCCAAAACCUCAAAUCGAGAAAUCGGUCUAUAUGGCAGCUAUAUUCAAAUCUGGACUAAUAUGAGCCAAAUUGCAGAAACAUAUCGAGGGGCCUAACACAACUCCCAAUAAAUGCGUGGUGGGUAUGAAAAUCGGUUGAAAAUUAAAUACCUUCACAAUUGACAGAAUAGAGGACCAGCCUCUGCGAAAGUUAAAAAACCAA